CAUUGGGAUAGCAGGGAUCUAAUGCCAAGUAAUAAGGGAUCAUGAAGGGCAUCUGGAAAGCCCCAUUUGCCUUUUGUGUGGCCAGCUUACUGGGAACAUUGGUGUCAUCUACCAUAGAACAUUACACAAGGUUCCCCUUUAAUCUCAAAUUCAACCACGUGCAACAUAAAUGCCCACCAAUUGAUAAUGGACAAGAUGACCUUCCAGGGUUUGACUUGAUCUCCAAGUUUCAGGUUGACAGAGCGGCCUCUGUUGGAGCCAUUAAGUCAGUGGUAGGCACUUCGCCAUACCAAGUGGCAUAUCAGCUGGGUACAAAUGUAGACUUCAGGAUUUUGACAAGGUACAUCUACGCAGGUGGAUUGCCAGAAGAAUACUCCUUCAUGUUCACCUUCCGGAUGAAUGAUAGUACGCGAAACAAAUACUGGAGCAUCUGGCAAAUUGUGGACACGGAUGGCAAGCAGGAGGCUGCCAUCAACUUCAAUGGCCCCAAAAAGGCUCUGGAAUUCAUCUAUAAAGCUGCGAACGGGCAAGUACACACGAUCACCUUCAGCCACCUCCCAUUCCUGUUUGAUACCAAGUUUCACAAGGUCCUCUUCAGUGUGGAGAAGACCAGACUCACCCUGUAUAUUGAUUGCAUCAAAGUGGACACAUUUGAUCUGGUUCCAAGAGGCAAGAUCAGCCUGGAUGGAUAUACCAUACUAGGAAAACUGAAAAAUAACCAUGAGAUUUCUGUGCCUUUUGAUCUCCAGUGGAUGCUAAUUCAUUGUGAUCCUCUGAGGCCUCAGAGAGAGUCAUGUACCGAGCUGGAGGCCAGGAGAGCGGUCAGCCAGGCGUUGCUAGAGAGAGGACCACCCGGACCGCCCGGACCAGAGGGACCACCCGGACCACCAGGAGUCCCUGGUAUUGACGGGAUUGAUGGAGACAGGGGUCCUGACGGUCCUCCAGGCCCACCGGGACCCGAUGGAGACCCCGGAAAGCCUGGAUCUCCCGGCAUGCCCGGCGAACCCGGAGCUGAUGGACUUACUGGACCUAUAGGAUCACCUGGCCCUCUUGGCUCACGAGGACAAAAGGGUGAACCUGGACUUCCAGGAUCAAGAGGGCUGUCGGGAGGAGGAGUUUCUGGACCUAGGGGGGCACCUGGGCCUUCUGGUCUCCCCGGAGAGUUAGGACGAGCCGGACCUGUGGGAGAUGCUGGUUCUAGAGGACCACCAGGACCACCAGGACCACCUGGGCCAAGAGGGGCAACGUUACAUGAUGGUGAUCCACUGUGUCCAAAUGCAUGUCCACCAGGCCGACCAGGAUAUCCAGGUUUGGCAGGAAUGAAGGGUCACAAAGGUGUAAAAGGAGAAGCAGGUGAACCAGGGAGACAAGGCCAUAAGGGAGAAGAGGGUGAACAAGGACCUAUUGGAGAUAUGGGAGCUCAAGGCCCUCCAGGUCCCCAAGGUCUGAGAGGCAUCACUGGUGUAAUGGGACCCAAGGGUGGCAAGGGUGCUCGUGGAGGUGAUGGAGAACCAGGACCUCGGGGAGUUGCAGGUGCACCUGGGGACCAAGGACAAAGAGGUGCAAUAGGAGAAGCCGGGCCUAAGGGCGAUACAGGACCACAAGGACCAAGAGGCAUAACUGGAAUGCCUGGGUUAAAGGGUGAGGCGGGUCUGCCUGGUGUCAACGGCCGAGAUGGAAUCCCUGGAAUGCCAGGCGGAAAGGGUGACUCAGGAGAACCUGGUGCCCCAGGGGAAGCUGGUCUGCAGGGACUACCAGGUAUGCCAGGCAAUCCAGGAGCUAAAGGAGCCGCUGGCGAGAAGGGUAACACUGGUUCUCCUGGUGUACCUGGACUAAUGGGAAACUCUGGUAAACCUGGUGAUCAAGGACCUCAGGGAGAAGUUGGACCCAUGGGGCCUGUUGGUCCUCCGGGCGACAGAGGUGAAACAGGACCUAUUGGCCCCCCAGGUCCACCCGGAAAACAAGGUCCUCUAGGUGAUCCUGGCUUUAUUGGCCUGCCAGGUCCUCCUGGUCUUCCUGGACUGAAAGGUGACAGGGGUGGAGUUGGUGAGACUGGGCCUAAAGGAGAACAGGGUGGUUCCGGAGAAGAAGGCAUUGCAGGAGAAAAGGGUGAUCAGGGUGAAAUUGGAAAUCCUGGCCCUAAAGGAUCGACUGGAAGUCCUGGUGAGCCUGGUAAUCGUGGUCCUGAAGGAAGUCGUGGCCAACCUGGCGUUGAAGGUCCUCAAGGUCCUUCUGGACCUCGUGGGAUGCAGGGUGAACAAGGUGCACCUGGAUUACCAGGAACUCAAGGGCCAGCAGGCAAAGAACCAACAGAUCAGCACAUUAAACAAGUAUGCAUGAGAGUAUUACAAGAACAACUAGCUAAUUUGGCAGCCAGCCUACGAAGGCCUGAAUCUGGGGCUGUUGGUUUGCCUGGUCGACCAGGGCCACCUGGAUCUCCAGGACCUCCUGGAGAAAAUGGUUUACCUGGACAUGUUGGUGCCAGAGGUUUGCCUGGACUCAAGGGUCCACCUGGCGAGCUUGGUCGUAAAGGUCCAAAAGGUGAAACAGGGGAAAGAGGAGAAAGAGGACUACCCGGAAGAGGUCCUAAAGGAUUGCCAGGUUUACCAGGCCUUACAGGUGAACCUGGAAAACCAAGUUAUGGUCAGGAUGGACGGGAUGGAGAGAGAGGUCCACCUGGCCCUGCUGGUCAGCCUGGAAUUCCCGGACCUCCAGGCCCCCCUGGCCAGGCAGGCUACUGUGAUCCUUCCUCUUGCAGCCUUCAAGCUAUUGCCGCUCCACAGUCUGCUAAGGAUUCCAACAUGAAAGGGCCCUGAACUGUUCCUAGAAUGAUCCCGUCUGCAAGUGUGACUGACCUUAUUGCAGAAUAAAACAUGGUCAAAAGCCCAGGAAAUAAGGCUUUGUUCAUUUCCAACAGCAGACAUUAACAUACUUUGUACGUGGUAACAAAAACAAAACAAAAAAAUGGCAAAUUUGGAAAACAUGGUGCUGAUUCUAUGAGAAGACCUACCAAGCAUUGAGGAAAAUAUUAUUAUUUUAAUAAACAUUUUAACUUGCCACGUGGUAAAUCCUGAGGAAGAACAAAUGUGUUUUUUUUUCCCUUUAAAUUUGUAUUAGUAGCAUAAGAUCUCUCUAAUUAUGCUCUAGCAAAGAUUUAAUGCCAGUGUACUGUAUUACAUACAUAGGAGGUAAGAAGUUUGAAUUUGAUAAGCAAUUUGAUGUAAUUGAAAAGAACCAGUAAAAUUUGUAGUUAAAAGCUGCAAGAGACUGCAGCAAAAAUUGCAGAUAAAAACUAUAACUACAUUCUAUCCCUCUAUGUACUUUGAAUUGGUUCACUGUAAUUUUCUUUGUAUAAUAUGGACAGAAACGGUUCAUCCACAGAUAGGGUACACAGAUGUAUACUGUAAAUGUAGUAUGUAAUAUGUGUGAAGAAUCUGACAAGUAUUAUGUCAUACAGAGUCAUUUUAAUUCCCUUACAUUCUUUUGAAGCAUUGUGUAUAUAGAUACCCUACACCUCCUCCAGAUGACAUCAGCAUUGCAUUGUGAUGAAAGAGAUUUCAAUAUCCAGAAAUAAAAUUGAUUUAUAGCCAAGAACAAAUAUUUAUUUUCAUGUGGCAUCUCUGGUUGUACAAAAGGAAGAAAUAAAUUCUGUUUCGUAACGCUGUG